AAAACAUUGCUCUCCAUAGAACGAAAUACAUAAGUAAUUAAAUUCAAUUAUAUAUGUUUUUUAACUCUCAGUUAAUCUCAUAAUGUCCAAUGGGUCAAAGAUAUCCAACAUAAAGCCCAUCGACUCAGCAAUGGAUAUUAUUCAAUAGUUGCACUAUGAAAAACUAUAUGGAUCAAGAUUUUGUGUAAUAUUUUCAGCUCGAAACAAGGAAUUCUGAAGCAAAGAUUGGAUCCUUCAUUUCUGGAGCUUCCCUCCAUUGAAAGAAACUAGAGAAUAUAUAUACUCGAGAACCGUCAGGACGUACACCAGGUUUUUCCUUAUAGAAGGCAUUUCAAUUGAUCUUGGACCAAAGGAGAGGAUUGGAGCAAGAUGGAUAUAAUGCAGAUGGAUCGGAGAACCUUGACACUUCUUGGGGCUGCAGGCUGCACAAUGUUGAGCAUGCAUUUCACAGUGCAGUUGCUAUCCCAGCACUUGUUCUACUGGAAGAAUCCUAAGGAACAGAAGGCCAUUGUUAUAAUUAUAUUGAUGGCCCCUCUGUAUGCUAUUGAUGCAUUUGUUGGCCUGGUGGAUAUUCAAGGAAGUGAAACCUUUUUCAUGUUCCUGGAUUCGAUUAAAGAGUGUUAUGAGGGCCUGGUUAUUGCAAAAUUCUUGGCCUUGAUGUAUAGCUAUUUGAAUAUAUCAAUCAGCCAGAACAGGGUACCUGAUGAAAUUAAGGGUCGAGAGAUUCAUCAUUCAUUUCCCAUGACACUAUUCCAGCCUCGUACUGUGCAUCUGGACCACAACACGCUAAAACUUCUGAAGUAUUGGACAUGGCAAUUUGCUGUCAUAAGGCCAGUUUUAUCAAUUUUGAUGAUGGUCUUGCAAUUGCUUGGUCUAUACGCACAAUGGAUCAGUUGGACUUUUUCAAUUAUAUUGAACAUUUCUGUAUCUUUGGCCCUUUACUCUUUGGUGGUGUUCUAUCAUGUCUUUGCCAAGGAGCUGGCACCCCACAAGCCCUUGUCAAAGUUUUUGUGUGUGAAAGGAAUUGUCUUUUUCUGUUUCUGGCAGGGUGUUAUCCUUGACAUAUUAGCAUCAGCUGGCAUUAUACGCUCUCACCAUUUCUGGCUAGAUGUGGAACACAUUCAGGCAGCUUUGCAAAAUGUACUUAUAUGUUUAGAGAUGGUUGUUUUCGCUGUUAUUCAACAGUAUGCAUACCAUGUUUACCCAUAUGCUGGAGACGUUCAAAACCGAUUGAGAAAAGAAAAGAAGGAAGAUUGAUAAGGUUCUUCACUACUGAAGUUAUAAAUAUGGGAAAGAAGACGUGCUUGCGGCUGGAGACUAGUUUUAUCUUUGUUAAGGAUAAUGGUCUUUAGACUCUUUAUAGCCAAUCUUCUCAUUUUGAAGUUCUGUCCCAAUUGAUGCAGUGGUUGUCUGAAGUAAUGUCAUAUUUACAAGAUUUGUAUUUGAAUUUUCAAAAUUUGCUGUACUUUUUCUUGAUGUACACAAAAUCCAGGAAACAGAAUUUUUUUUGCCGUGUUUGUAUUUUCCGAUGUUAAUUGAACAGUGACUUUAACACAGCAGUUUUCUUCCUUUCGAAGAUUUUUUCAGUGAACCAGUAGCUGUCGGAAAAUGCACAUGAUAGCUUAUGAAACUAAAGCUGAACUGGAAAUUACUUUAAAAAAUGCAAAAAAACACCAAUCAAGUCUUGUUAAUGGA